UUUCCCGACUGAUUCUGAAUUUUCCGACGACGGCGAUGGCGUCAGCUUCCAAGAACGUUCAGCAAAACCCUUCCUCCUCGAAACCACCAAGGCCUCCAACGUCUUCCUCCGCCGCUUUAUCUUCCACCGCCGUGGCUUCCACCUCAUCCGAACCCCAAAUUCGUAACCCUAACCCUAACACAAACGUCUUACCAUCGACUUCGGAUUCACCGAUCGCGAUGUCACAAGAGGAUGAAAUCUUCACACGCUCCAGUCACCUAACCCGCCCGGAGCUUCUCCGACGCCGAUCGCACAACCUCAAGCAGCUCGCCAAGUGUUACAGAGACCAUUAUUGGGCAUUAAUGGAAGAUCUCAAGGGGCAACACAGGGAUUACUGGUGGAAGUAUGGGAGUAGUCCGUUCAAAGACGAACAUAACCAAUCGAAUAAGAGACGGAGGAUUGGUCAAGAGGGAGAUGGUGGUGAUGCUGUUGAAGGUAGUGGAGACAAUGGUAAUAACAAUGAUGGUGGUAAGACUGAUCAGUAUGCGAAUAGUAAUUGUGGGAGUUGUAUGUAUGGUUGCAAAGCUAAAGCUAUGGCGCUUACCAAGUAUUGUCAGCUUCAUAUUCUCAAGGAUAGUAAGCAGAAGCUCUACACGGGUUGUACUAACGUUAUAAAACGAGCUCCAGCAGGACCAUUACUUUGUGGAAAACCAACACUAGCGUCGACUGUUCCUGCACUGUGCAAUAUGCACUUCCAGAAAUCCCAAAAGCUUGUUACGAAAGCUCUAAAGGAUGCAGGUCACAAUGCCUCUUCAACAAGCAAGCCUCCUCCAAAGCUUCAUGUUAUAGUAGCUGCAUUUGUGCAUCAUAUUCAAGCAAAAAGAAAA